CAAAGACGCAUCCCUGUCACACAGCAGGUCAGAGCAGCACAGCGCGACAAGACCGUCAGCAAGCGCCGGGCCAGAACAGGAUCAUUGAGCUGUUCGCGACCAGCCUGCUGCUCACCUUGCGAGCGUGCCUUACCAUUCGACCAACACGCUGCCAAACGUUGCGGACUACGCAUGACUGCCACCCACAACAUGAUACCUAGACCGUAGUCCGGCACGUAGCAAUAGUUCCGUGGCUUCGAGAGGCAGCAAACGCUCGUUGACACUCAUUUCGAGCUAUACCCGUCAUUUCACCGCCCACAAUUCUCUUUACGGGAGCAGCUGGCCUGCAAACAAACCCGCGCAAGUAGUGGCUGAACCGCCAACUCGACUCAGCACUUGCGUCGGUCUGCGCGAGUCAAUAUGGCAUCUCAUCAUCAGCAAAAGGCAAUCUCGCGCGAGCGCUCUGCGAUAGACAAUGCAGGCGCGCUCGCUACAUCUCCAAGCGUCUCUUUGACGCUGGCCGCGUCGCAGCUCUCACUUGCAUCCGGCACCGCGCCGGUCCCAUUGAGCACGACGGGCAGGCAACACUCGGCAACGGCUUCCCAUUCCAUCUCACCUACCACGAGCUUCAAGCAACGCAGACGGCCGUCAGCUUCGAGCAUCUCUGCGUCUUACAAAUCAUCUCCUUCGACCGGUUCAGGCUUCACACUACGCGCGACAGACCCCGAAUUCGAAUCUGGCAGCAUGUCGAGACGCAGAAGCUCCAGCAGGAUACCCUACUCCAAUAGUGUGUUCCGAGAGGCAGGCGGCAGUCAGCGCCUGGCAAGCUACACGGCUCCUAAGAAUCGCGACCUCGGUCAGCCAGUACCUGCGCGUUCACGCGCUGCGCCAUCUAGCACUCAAACGCGUGUUCUUAGCGCCAGUAUGCCCGUCGUCUCUCGCUUGCCGCGUCGUCCGUCUGCUACAGGCCAAUCGACGGCCACAGAGGUACUCAGCACAAGCGCGCAAGGUCCGCAGAGAAUGCCGAGUCGAUCCUCUGCGUUCGCCGACAGCGACGACGAGGAGCAAGACGAAGAGAACGAGGAAGAGGCCCGCGCGCCGAGGAGAUGCGCUCGUGGCGAGACACGACAAGUUGCAGCGCCACGAGAAAGCAGCGGAAGCCGUAGCAGCGGCGGACGGAAGACGCUACAAUGCGAGAAAUGCGCCAAAGUAUACAGACACCCACAGUGUCUCAUCAAACACCGAUGGCAGCACACGAUGUAUUGGAAAGAAGCAUCAAAGCUCAUGCUGUCGAAGCAUCAGCAAGUCGAGUUGCUCGAAGCUGCGGCCAUUCUUGUCAAUCCGCAAUCGCUUCCUGCGGAGAAGGACUAUUGGCCAGCUGCAGUCUCGCCUCCUAUGUCAGGUUUGCUCGGCUCGGAACAGCUUAAUUCGGAGAUCCUUCGACAGAACUCGCUCAGGAUGUCUGCCGCCAUUGCUGGCUCCUUGCACGAGAAUCGUGCGCAGUGGGGCAGCUUCUCGCAAGGCGGCAUGGUCAUCAAAGGGAGUGCAAGCAUCUCACAGGACCUCAGCGACUUCGAAGACGAGGAAGAGGAGGAGGAUACAGAUGAGCUCGGCGAUCGCGAUGGCUCAGAUCCGUCACUGACAGCGUCUCAUCGCGAAGGCAGUGGCGGCGAUGAAGGCAUGUUCGACCUCGACGAGCAAGAUGAAGAAGACGGCACAAAGCUCAUUUCAUGGAGUAAGGGUGCGCCAAUAGAAGCAGCAGCAUCUGUGCCUAUUCUUGGCUAUCAGCGCAGACGCUCCGGCUCGGGAACCACAAGCGAGGAGUCUCGGGGCAAAGAGAGUGGCUACGCAAGCACAGCAGCUACUUCGCAGCACGAUCACAUCCGUCAACACUCGGCAAAUGCUGGCAAACCCAUCGCAAUUCAACCAAGCGGUUGGCAUAAUUCAUCUACAGCCUAUGCGCGUCACUCGCAUCUCUACCCGUCUCCGUCCGUGUGGGAGGUGGGUACUGCUCAGCCGCAAAACUUGCAAUCUGCGAUGGCGUCCUCGGCGCCACCUAUGGGCUUCUUCGAGGUCGGCAAACCGACCUUCACUGCCGAAUUUGCGGACAGCGACGUUCGAGAUCAGGCUCGUACGCGCACCGAGACGGUAGCCGAGGUGGACGAGUAUGGGCGACCGAUUCAGCACGUAGCGUCCCAAUCCGAUGGAUCCACCAUCUCACUCUCGCCGGAAACGCAGCAGUCAGAAGUUACGGCUAAUUUUGACAUUGAGAUGGAUCUCGAAUCAUAAUCAGUGCUGCGAGUCACACGCAGGCUGAACGAAGGAGCGGAGUGCAUCAAUAAAUCUGUUGUUUUUGCAAGUCAUCCACCAUUUGUCAAUAACAAGAUGCUCUUAUGCAGUUGCAGUGCCGUUGAUCGUAGCCGGAAUUGAGAUGGGCUUGCCAACCGCCGUACAUGCUUGUGACGCCGAAGCUGCGCCCGUCUUGUAAUCAUCGGCACUGCAACUGGCCAUUGCGCACUGUGUAAAGGCUGAUAUGAAUGGCAAAGACUCGCAGUAACAUUGCACGAGC